AUGAAUAUUUUCUUAUUAUUUUUUUAUGGGGCCAUUCCACAUGUGUAAUCAAAUGAUACUCUAAUAAAUGUCUAAGCUAUUUGGAGACAUGGAGCAAGAGACUUCUAUUAUUGCAAUUGGGGAUGUGAUAAAAAUAAUAUUCCUGAUGGUGAUGCCUAAAUUCUUACUCCUGCAGGCAUGAGACAAUAAUAUGUUUUGGGAAAAUGGCUAAGAUAAAGAUACAUAAUUGAUACUCAACUUCUGUCUCCCUAGUUUAAUGAGAAUGAAAUUUAUAUAGAAAGCACAGACUACAAUAGAACCAUUAUGAGUGCAUAUAGCAACUUAUAAGGAAUGUAUCCAGAAGGCUCUGAACUUCCAAAUGUAACAGAAGAUAAGUUGUUGCCUCCUAAUUCUGGUAGUAAAUCUCCUUCUAUAGGAAAUUAUGCUCUACCCAAUAAAAUUUAACUCAUACCAAUUCAUACAAAAGAAGAGGAAUAAGACUAUGCCUUAUCAAUUUAUUGUUAAACUACAGGAUCAACAGUCAAAUAAAACAAAUAAACCGAGCUAUAUCAGGCAAUAAACUCUGCAAAUUAAACUUAGGAAUUAUUCCAAAAGUUUAAUGCAGAAUUAGGUCUUGUUGGAGAGUAAUAAGUAAAUGAUAUAAUUGAAUUGGCUAAAUGGAGAGACACUUUUACAUGCAAUAGAUAUAAUGGUGACUAGUUGCCUCCAAAAUUAACAGCAAAAACAUUGUUUUUUAUGGACGAGAUUGCAUUACUAUCCUUUAGUUUGAGAUAGUUUUAAAAUUGGGAACAAUCGAAAUUGUAUUCGACCCCAUAUCUAAAAUAAGUUAUCGAAAACUUUGAUAAUUUUAUUAAUGGGAAAUCCAAAGUUAGAUACAGAGGCUCUUCCUCUCAUGAUUCUACGAUGCUAGGUAUUAUUUCCUGGUUUAAAUUUGACAAGCGCUUAAUGUUAAGCUGA